AUGGCCUCGAACGGCGAAUACCCCCAGGACGACUCACCACCCGCCUCGCCUACCUUGAACCCCCAGCAGGACCAGUCUGAGUCGGAGGACGAUAUUCCUGAGCAGAAGCCCAAGUCGGCCUUGAAGAAGUCGGCACCUGCACCUGCCGUCCAGAAGCCCUUCAUCGCCGAGCAGCCCGACCCGUCAACCAUCGACGUCAAGGCCCUGAACCCUCUGUCGCCCGAAAUCAUCUCGCGCCAGGCCACCAUCAAUAUCGGUACCAUUGGUCACGUCGCUCACGGAAAGUCAACUGUCGUCAAGGCCAUCUCCGGUGUCCAGACUGUCCGUUUCAAGAACGAGUUGGAGAGAAACAUUACCAUCAAGCUCGGUUACGCAAACGCAAAGGUCUACAAGUGCGACAACGAAGAGUGCCCGCGCCCCACCUGCUACAGGAGUUACAAGAGUGACAAGGAGGUUGACCCUCCAUGUGAGAGAGAUGGAUGCGCCGGUACAUACCGUCUGCUCAGACACGUUUCCUUCGUCGACUGCCCCGGUCACGACAUUCUCAUGAGCACCAUGUUGUCUGGCGCCGCCGUCAUGGACGCCGCCCUUCUCCUCAUUGCCGGAAACGAAACCUGCCCUCAACCCCAAACCUCUGAGCAUUUGGCCGCCAUUGAGAUCAUGAAGCUGAACCACAUCAUCAUUCUCCAAAACAAGGUCGAUCUUAUGCGUGAGGAGGCCGCUGGCCAACACCACGAGUCUAUCCUGAAGUUCAUCCGUGGUACCGUCGCCGACGGCAGCCCUAUCAUCCCCAUCAGUGCCCAGCUGAAGUUCAACAUUGACGCCAUCAACGAGUACCUCGUCUCCAAGAUCCCCGUUCCCCCAAGAGACUUCUCCGCCGCUCCUCACAUGAUUGUUAUCAGAUCUUUCGAUGUCAACAAGCCUGGUGCUGAGAUCGAGGACUUGAAGGGUGGUGUUGCUGGUGGCAGUAUCUUGACUGGUGUAUUGAAGCUCGGUGACGAGAUUGAAAUCAGACCCGGUAUUGUCAGUAAGGACGAGCAGGGCAAGAUUCAGUGCAAGCCCAUCUUCUCCAGAGUUGUCACCCUCUUCGCCGAGAACAACGACUUGAAGUUCGCCGUCCCCGGUGGUCUCAUCGGUGUUGGUACCCGUGUCGACCCCACCCUCUGCCGUGCCGAUCGUCUGGUCGGUUUCGUCCUUGGUCUCCGUGGCCAGCUCCCCGCCAUCUACACUGAGAUCGAGGUCAACUACUUCCUGCUCCGUCGUCUGCUCGGUGUCAAGACCGCCGAUGGCAAGCAGGCCAAGGUCGCCAAGCUCGCAAAGAACGAAGUCCUCAUGGUCAACAUCGGUUCCACUGCCACUGGUGCCAAGGUUGUCGCCGUCAAGGCCGAUGCCGCCAGACUUCAACUCACCAGCCCUGCCUGUACCGAGAUUGGCGAGAAGGUCGCCCUUUCCCGCAGAAUCGAGAAGCAUUGGCGUCUUAUUGGAUGGGCUACCAUCCUUGCCGGUUCUACUCUCGAACCCACCAUCGAGUGA